CACAUCACUGUCACCUGUUAACAUUCUAACAGUCAGAAUGGCGGGGAACUGUGUAUGUAGUUUGUUUGGCGCAAGUCUGUUUAUUGCAGGAUGCACCAUUAUCCUUGUAACAGCGUUCCCAAUUGCCCAGAUCACUAUAGGAGCAGUGUACAUGUACGAGUGUCCAGCAGCACCAGUUAUCCCAGUGUAUGUGAUGGUGUGUGGGAUACUGGCCCUUCUGAUUAUGGGCCUGUUUGCUUUACCAAACCUCUGUCCAGCAGCACCGGGCCACACAAUCUGGACUCUGUGGAUCAUCAGCCUGGUCCUGUUUGUCUUCAUCUGGUUCUUCUAUGGCAGUUACCUGAUUUAUUCUGUAUAUCCACCCAACUACACCAAGAACACCAUCGACCCAAACGGCUUCAACAACAGUCUAUCGACAACAACAAUCUACACUCCCACUGCACCUGACACCAUGCCUGGCCUCACUGCACCUGACACCAAGCCCAACCUCACCUUGGAAAACCAGAACCAGACCCUUCUUAACCUCAACCAAACCUGGAUCACCACUGACAACCAGACUUUAAUGAAACUGGUUCAAACUUUGGCCCUCGGCAACAUCAGCAGUAAGGCAAACAGAGAGCACCUGAAAGCUGUAGAGGCACAACGUGCUGUGGCUGCAGUGCCUUACUGUAACAGAACUGUGUACAUGUUUGCUUUCUGGACCACCACACUGGUCUACGUGUUCGCAGGAAACACCCUGGUCAUCAUCGUCUGUUUAUAUGGCUUCAUGGCAGUUACAGAUAAACUUGUACGUCUUGUCACUACCUGAGCUGAGCUAAACAGGUUUCCACUUUUUACCAUCACAUUAAAAUGUUUAAGGGAUCUGUCAGCUCCAUCUUAUGCUGUCUGGGUAAAUGAAUGCGGCACUUAGUUAUGACACUGUAUGCUUCAAACGCCUUGAGAAAUAAAGAGAAAUCAAGCAU